AAAUGAAUGAGCAAUUUUCUGAAAAUAAAGUAACACAAAUUCAGCCCAUUUUACUUUCUACCAAGUUUUAGGGUUUUGGGUAGAAACAACAGUUACACUUUGUACCAAGUUUUCUUUUCUCGCGGCGGCGAUUCAAGACCUUCGAAAUGGCUAAAACAUAUGAGCUGAGGCAAAAAACAAAACCAGAUCUUCUGAAUCAAUUGAAGGAUCUGAAAGCAGAACUUGCUCUCCUUCGCGUCGCGAAAGUCACCGGCGGUGCCCCUAAUAAAAUAUCCAAAAUCAAAGUUGUUCGGCUUAACAUCGCACAGGUUUUGACAGUGAUUUCACAGAACCAAAAGACAGCAUUGAGGGCAGCGUAUAAGCACAAAAAGUACUUGCCUUUGGAUCUUCGUCCCAAAAAGACCAGAGCUAUUAGAAGACGUCUCACUAAGAAUCAGCUCUCUUUGAAGACAGACCGUGAGAAGAAGAAGGAAAUCUACUUCCCAUUGAGAAAGUAUGCCAUUAAAGCGUAAUGUUGGACCCUUUUUUUUUUUUUGUGGACAUUUUUCUAAAAAUAUUUGGUGUUGUGUUCUAUGUUUGUUUCCUUGAGUUUAACUUAUCUUCAUGAAAUGGAAUUACAAGUACAUUUGUUCUCAUUCCAGCUUCAGGUUUUUACUGCUUGAACUGUUUGUUUACUUUACCAUUUGGCACAAAUAUGUUUACAAAUAGUCGCAUCAAUAUAUAUGCAAGUAUGAUCGUUGUAACUUGAAUGACUAUGCGGUACGAGAGUCAUGUUGUGUUUGCUCCACUCUAUGUGAAUGCACGUCAUCGUGCGCUACUUCGGACAGCUCCAACACAGGACUAACGGCCUGAGGUAACCUUCCUUGAGGGAUUUCAUCCAUAACAUUAUGCAAUGCAAAGCUGAACGAGUUGGCGGAAACGUCGUUAUUAACGGCUACGACAUAAACAACGUUAUUAACGGGUACAACAACAUCGUUAUUAACGGGAGCUGACUGUUCCUGAUUGUUCAAACCACCUAUUGUAGAAGUUGGGGCUGUAUCAACAUGUUGAACCAUAUGUGUGUAUUUAGCGACAACAGUUUGAGUUAAUGCCUGUUCUUGGUUCUGCUUCUUUGUAAUAUAGAACGUUGAUCUAUACUACUAUGUAUUAUUGCUGUUGAAGCAGGGGAAGAACAGAACAUGUCCAUUCUUUUCAUGGAUAUAAGUUGAAUUGAAGUUAAGUUGUUUAAUUUGUUUGGUUUGUAAAUGGCUUUUUAAGUAGUAGCUGAAGGUAAUGAAGGCUAAAGGGAGUGUAAUUGUAAGAUCUUUCUAAUAUUGAGAGAGGGAAAAGAAGAGAUAAUGCAUUAUUAGGUCUCACUGUAAUGAUGCCUUGGAAGAUUUGGGAUUAAUCUCGAUCUUCAAAGUUGCAUUUUCUCUUUAAUCCUUAUUUAUUUUCCUAAAA